CUGGAGCUCCGUGUUCUCUAACCAAGUCGAUCGAAUCCCCCGGAAUUCUUCGUGUUUUUCCCGCAUUCUUAGAAAAACCAGAGAGCAGCGAAGGACGCUCGCCGAUGGCUCCCGGAAUGGCAAUCACCUAUCCGGCCUUCGGGAAGCUAGGUCUUGGCCUCGGGCUGAGGCCGGCGGCAGCGGCGGCGGAGGAAGAGGUGGAGGGGCUGCGGCGGAGGAACGAGGAGCUGGAGAGGGAGGUGAGAGAGAGGAGGACGGGAGAGGAGGAGAUGAGGAGGGAGUUGGAGAGGUCGAGGGCACGGUUGAGGGCGGUGGAGGAGGCGGAGGAGCGGCUCUGCGUUCAAUUGGGGGAGAUCGAGGCGGAGGCCGUGGCCCAGGCGAGGGAUUACCACCGCCGGAUCAAGGCGCUCUCCGACGAGCUCGAGGAAGCCCGCAGGAUUAUUGGCUCGUCCUCCUCGCUGUUGCCGUCGGCGUCCCACCGCUGACUCCUCGUCGGCUUAAAGAAUAAAGAGCAGAGCAAUUGAAUGGAGAGAUCAACAAAUAAAAAAGUUCUGUUCUUUUUGUUGUACUCUUUAAUGGAAGCGGUGACCCGAAUUUUUCUUCUGUUUUUUUUUUUUUUGUUGGUGCGAAUUUGUUUUCUUACUGAGAUAAGAUUGAAUCAAUAGAACAGAGUGAAUUAUAAAUCUCAAUCUAUUCCUUUUCUCUGUUU